AUUAUCAGAACAAUACAAAACCUGCACAUAGCCACCAAGUACAAAUAGUUCCAUUAGGAGAAAAGAAAAGGGCAUAGAGUUCAAAAGACUUUUAGCAAAUGGGAAGUCUUCAAACAAAAGAUCAUAAAAGCAAUCCAAAUGCAAAAGUUAUUGAAGGAUUGAAGUAUAAAGUAAGGCUUCUUCAAGAAGAGGUGAGUGAAAUAACGCGCAUAAGGGAAAAUGAGAGUCAAGUUUACCAGCAAGAAAUGAUUAUUUUUGCUUUGAAAGAGGCAGAGUGGAAGCAAGAAAAGAAGAAACUUAAAGAAGAAGUGAAUAAGUUGAAGAAGAAAUUGGAAGAUCAUAAAGAAGAAGAGAAGUUUAAAGGAGUGGAAAAUCAAGAAGUGGUAAGUGAAAAAUGUGAUAAUAAAGAGUGUCAUAUGUUGGUGAGAAAUUCAUUAUUGGAGCAAAUUAGAGAAGAGCAAGUUAGAAGAGAUGAGGCUAUUGAGAAGUGGAAAAAUCUCUAUUUUGUCAUUAAAAAUGAGCUUGAUGAACUUAUUCAAAGGACAAAUCAAGGAGAAAGACUCUGCUGGAGAAGAGAGGAAGUGGAAUUACUAGAGGAUCUACAUAUGGAGUUGAAAGCAAAAGAAGAAGCCAUUGCAUAUUUAAAAGAAAAAAUUGCUUCAAUGGAGGAACAAGAACUAAAGAGGGAGAGGGACAUUGAUAUUUUGAGGCAAAGUUUGAAAAUUAUGAGCUACAACAAAAAAGUUUCAAGCCUUUCUAAAGGUUUUUACAAAAACUAGAAUUUAUAAACUCAUGCCAGAAAAGAAGAAUUUGCAAGUAAAGAUCAUAGAAAUACCAAUGUUUCUUUGGUUCCAUUUAGUAUUAAGUUGCUUCACAUAAUAGCUUCUCAUGAUAUGUUCUUCUCAAUAACAUUGUUACUUGUUAACUUCACAUACCCGUCUAGUAUACUGUGAUUAAUUUAUGACCA